AUGGACAGUGGUUUCUGGCGUCGCGGUGGCACGCCGCAGCAGACUUUCACUGAAGCAGAUAUCGCUGCCGCCGACGACCGCGCCGGGUCCGAGUACCGCGAGAUCCCUGAGAUCGUUGAACAAUUCGUCCGCUACAUGUACAAAUGCUUUCUUGAUCGCAAUACUAGCGAACUCCACACCCUGUAUGAAACUGUCUUCGCCCGUCUCACCGAGCACUACUACAAGGCCUCGACCUGGCCUUCGUCAGAAAUGAUUUCGCGGCUCGUUGAUAACGACGCAAACUUUCUCAUGUUUUACAACGAGCUCUACUACAGGCACCUAUUUUCCAAGAUGCAGCCGAGUCUGGCCCAGCGCUACGAAGGUUGGAUGAACUAUCGCGCUUUGUUCAACCAUUUUAUGCAGGACGGCAUGGUUGAUUACGACCUCCCCGUAUCUUGGAUCUGGGACAUCAUUGAUGAGUUUAUCUACCAGUUUGAGUCCUGGUGCCAGUAUCGUGCGAAGCUUAUGAACAAGAGCUCCGAAGAGAUCCAAUAUCUCCGCCAGAAUGACAGCAUUUGGAGCGUCCAGACCGUCCUGUCGCUUCUGCAUUACCUCGUCAACAAGUCCAAUAUCAUUUCUUGGUUGCUCAAUAACGGCGACCCUACCGGCUCGGAUGAUCCCGACAGCGAAACCUUCGACAUUAGUACGCUGGCCGUCUAUCGUUACAUCGGCUAUUUUGCGAUCAUCGGACUGCUACGAGUUAACACUUUGCUCGGUGACUACCGCCUCGCUCUCAUGGUUUUGCAACCACUGGAUUUUGACGUUUCUAGUGCUUUGUUUACCCACGUCACUGCUUGUCACGUCUCAAUUUACUACUACAUGGGCUUUUGUUAUAUCAUGCUGCGUCGUUAUGAGGAUGCUGCUCGCAUAUUUUCAUCUACCGUACUGCACAUCGGCCGUAUCAAGCACAACCACACGAGAAGCUACCAAUACGAGCAAAUUAAUAAGCGAAACGAUCAGAUGAUGGCACUUCUCGCUCUUUGCUUGACUUUGCAACCCCUGCAAGUUGACGAAAGUAUGAUGUCGAUGGUGAGAGAAAAGGCGGGCGAUCGCCUUGCUCGUCUCCGCCAAGGCGAGCCCCAUGCUUUCGAAGAUUUGUUCAUUUACGCUAGUCCGAAGUUCAUAUGCCCCGCCGCGCCAGACUAUGACGUCAUUGAUGAUACCAAUAUGGAGGCGCCACGGCUGCAGACAAAGCUAUUCAUGGAGGAGGUCAAAUCACAGCUGCUGCUUCCUGAGAUUCGUUCCUAUCUGAAGUUGUACACCAAGAUUGAGAUCGAGAAGCUUGCAGCGUUGAUGGAUGUGGAUGAGAGCACUCUUCGAAGCCAUCUGCAUGCAUUGAAACAUAAGAGCUGGACAAUGACGGGCAGCUUCCAUGGACCCCCGCUACAGGGUGAAUGGAAGACGUCGUCAGACGUGGGAUUCCAUGUGGAAAGAAAUGUGGUGCACAUUUCAGACACAAAGACUUCAUCGAGAUACGGCGAAUAUUUCAUACAGAACAUCGGCAAACUGGACGACUUGUACAGCCAGCUAAAGCGCAGAAUGCCGGGCGCCACUACAUCUGCUAGCAAGGCAAGAUCAGCACGGGUAGCAUAAUGUCGAAGAUUAAACGAGAGUUAACACGGAA